GGCAGGCGGCGCCGCGGGUCGCUGUGAGGGGCAGUCGGGCCGGCAGCGGGAUGCUAAGAGUACUAACUAUACAUGAUUGGUGACAUCGUAGAAACUAAACAAUGCCAACUAAAAGAUGCCAUGGACUUGUUUCAUUCUGGGCAAGUUGUAAAAAUAUGUGCCCCUAUGGUCCGCUAUUCAAAGUUGGCUUUCAGAAGCUUGGUUAGGAAAUACAGUUGUGAUUUGUGUUACACACCAAUGAUAGUGGCAGCUGAUUUUGUGAGAUCCACAAAAGCUAGAGACAGCGAAUUCACAACAAACAAAGGUGAUCGUCCACUGAUUGUUCAGUUUGCUGCUAAAGAAGCACAGAUUUUGUGUGAUGCUGCCCGCAUCGUCUGUCCUUUUGCAGAUGGAAUAGACAUAAACUGUGGCUGUCCUCAGAGAUGGGCAAUGGCAGAAGGUUAUGGUGCUUGCUUAAUUAAUAAACCAGAACUAGUUCAAGAUAUGGUGAGACAUGUACGGAAUCAGAUCAACAAUCCUAGGUUUUCAAUAUCUAUUAAAAUAAGGAUCCAUGAGGACUUAAAAAGAACAGUUGACCUUUGUCAAAAAGCUGAAGCAACUGGAGUUUCAUGGAUCACAGUACAUGGGAGAAGUGCAGAAGAAAGACAUCAGCCUGUACAUUAUGAUGCCAUUAAAAUAAUUAAAGAAAGCAUGUCUAUACCUAUUGUGGCUAAUGGAGACAUUAAAACUUUAAAAGAUGCUGAAAAUGUUCAUCACUUGACAGGGGCAGAUGGUAUAAUGGUGGCUAGAGGACUCUUGGCAAACCCGGCUAUGUUUGCAGGAUAUGAAGAGACUCCUUUGAAGUGCAUCCAGGACUGGGUUAACAUUGCUCUUGAGCAUGGAACACCUUUUACAUGUUUUCACCACCACUUAAUCUACAUGAUGGAACAGAUAACUUCAAAACAAGAAAAAAAAGUUUUUAAUGUUUUAUCAAGUACCUCAGCAGUACUAGAUUAUCUGAAAGACCAUUAUUGUGUGUGAUAACUGAAAUUAUUUGUGUGCUAGGUAAACUUGUAUUGUACAGUUGCCAAUACACUGUUAAAGUUUUCAUUAGUCACGUUCAUAUAUUGCAUAAAUAUUUUCAUCACAGCAUAAUAUUAUGAUCAGGAUAAUACUUCACAUUUUUAGUACUUUUUGUCAGCAUGUUUCGCUGCAGAAAAUAUUCCAAGUCCCAUAAAUGUGGAAUUCUGUUUACAAUGCAUUACAACACAGAAGACUGGUAAAUUAAUUUUUUUUUUUCAUCUGGGAAUUGCUUACAGCAAUAUGUUUGCGAAACCUAGAAUUGGUCUCCUGUGAAACCUCCUAAAAUCAGAACUACUCAUAAGUAAUACCAGGAAUUUCAGAUCCCUAAGAAUACAAAGGUUGCAGAAGUUUUUGUUUUAACAAGCGUAAGCUGUACUUUUAAAUUUGAGUGGAUUUUUAAAGCUUAAAGACUGUGAGGCUGUGAAGCCCGGCAUAGUAUCUUUUGCAGACUAAAACUUUCUGAACUUACUUACAACUCAGAAAAAUGCCACACUUCAUGCAGUGAAGGAAUACUGGAAGCGACAAAUUCUAGAAAGAAGGAAAGAGUAAAUUUAAGAGAUAGUUUAGCUAGGUACAAACUUAUCUAAAUUUAAAAUACAAGACUUGAAAGUUCCAUCUAACUAAAUUCAGUUUUAUCUACUGUAGUAUAUAAGAGAUUAAAUCUCUGUCAUCUACCAAACCUGAAUUUUACAGGGUCAAAGAAGAGCUGACAGCUUCUCGCAGUGGGGCUCUUGCAGUCCUUUCUGCCUGCCGGCACGUUGCUUAUCAAAGCAUGACAAUCACUUGGCUCUGAGUCUUUGUAAAAACUAGAACAAAAUAAUCUUACCAUCUGCAUUUCUGCAAGGGAAAUUUCACAAAUCUUGACAGUACAAUUAUUUAUAAUAAAAUCAUUUGCUUUCUUUAUAUGUUUACACAGAAAUUUAUGCCAGAAAUUGCUUAGUUUUCCAACUCUGAUACUACUGUGAACAUACAAGUGAAUAGUUCUGAAUUUUCUAAAUAAAUGACUUGGUUUUGUAUAUGAUUUUGAUUAUUUUUUUUAUUACACUAUAUGACAACAUAGGGGAUGUUGCUAUUGAUGCUACUCCCCAAAUCUUUCAACCAUAGAUACAUAAAUUUUCAUAAUUCUUUCAAUGCAAUGGCAUAAAAGACUUGUUUCUUAUAGCAAAUAUGUCUGAUUUAGGCACAGAGACAGAAGUUCAAAGGCAUGACCUGACCCAUUAAGUCUAGUUCACUAAGUUAUGUAACUCUUAUCAUAUGAGCACCUUCCUGAUGUGGUAACAAAUUAAAAACUAAAGCCAU